AUGGACUUGGGCCCAGCCCAAGUGAAGAUGGCUCCAGGGAAACGAGGCAAGGGCAAGGGUGGCCCGGCGCCGGCGGCCGCGGCCGCGGCGAGCGCCGCUGCCGGCGGCGAGGAGUUCCCGGGCUGCCUCCGCCUGAUGCCGCCGUCCACCGUCGCCAUCUCCGUCCACGCCAAGCCCGGCUCCAAGAUGGCCACCAUCACCGAGAUCGGGGAGGAGGCCGUCGGGGUGCAGAUCGACGCGCCGGCGAGGGACGGGGAGGCCAACGCCGCCCUCGUCGACUUCAUCAGCUCGGUACUCGGGGUGAAGAAAAGAGAGGUGUCUAUUGGCUCCGGUUCGAAAUCGAGGGAGAAGGUUGUGCUAGUGCAGGACGUGACACUCAAAGGCGUCUUUGAGGCCUUGAAGAAGGCGUGCGGCCCUUGA